CUCCUCGCAAGGCAGAUCACGGCGAGAUCUAUUCAUCAACAAUGCUCUCCCACCUCUUUCAUCGCUCCAAUGCUUCACUGCGCCAGCCUCUCUGCCGAACAAUCUUAUCUGGGGCAACAGAGGGCCACACGGCUGCAUCAGGGCGCACCAACCCCUCAUCCCGCUUUCUCCCAUCCCCUCAGUCACAGGCGUACUCAAGGAGGCCCCCAUCAGCCCCUCUGAUCAAGUUCCACGCCGCACUGGACCGGCCCUCACGCAUCAGCCGCGUCAGCCAUCGGCAGAUCGUGAGGAAUGCAAUGCGCAAGAUUCGCCAAUUCGACGCCACCCCGGUGACGGCAGACAAGCUGGCGGUGCGCCCGUCUGACAUGAAGGGCCUGCUGCCGGCUUACUAUGGCUCCGAUGCUGUCAAGGGCAGGGCGGUGUCGACGCCGCGAGAUGAGAUGCAGCUGAUGGCGAUGCGGCGGCGGCAGAUGAGAAGGCUCAAGAAGCGGCCUGCGGCAGCGCUGCCCAGGAAGCACUGGAUGUUCGUCAAAUCAGGUGGGUGAGUGAGUGGGUGAGUGAGUGGAUGAAUGGGAGACGAUGCAAGCGGGCAGACUGAGAGGGAUGGAUAUGUCUUGGUGUGUGCUGGGUAUGUAUGCAGGGGAGCCGAUGAAGUCCGAGGACCUGUCACAGACGGCUGCGUCGAUCUUCAAGGAAGAUGACGGUACAAACAGCAAAGCAGGGCAGACACUCUCUCUCUCUCUCUCCCUCUCUCUCUCGCCUCCCCCACAUGUGCUGUCUGCCACCAUGUCAGGUGACCUGGAGGCCAAGCUCAAGGAGGUCCGCGACAAACGUCUGGGCAUCAAAGCUGACGCCUACGACGACACCGCCCCCUUCUGGGCUCGCGAAGAGAAACAGCGCAACCCCGACUGGACCAUCUCCGACACUCUCCCUUCUCACAGCACCCCUACAAUCCCCGCCCCUGCCUCUGAUGCCCUCCCUCCUGGAGACAACCACCACCACCAGCAGCAGCAGGUCGACCCGACGCAGUCGAUCGCCGCGACACCGCCAGGCGCGCGACCCACCGCCCCGCCGUUUGUCGAUAUCGACGAGAGGGUGAGGGAGGAGGGGGACGGUGGUGCAGGCGAGAAGAGUGAGGGUGGUGGUGUGAUGACCAAAAUCGGAGGGCGGAGGCUGCAUCUUGGUCCGGAGAGGUUCGUGAACAGGGUGCUCGACACACAGCCCCAGACGGAGGCCGAGAGGGAGCAGAAGGCGCUGCAGAGGCAAAACAGACCCCAACACGAGGAAUCCCUGCCGAGUGGGUGCCAAUCACGGACACAUCCAGCACCCAUCCAUCCAUUCAUCCAUCCAUUCUGUGUGCUUGGUGUGAGUAGAUGCGGGUCAGUCGUUGAUUCGUCAGCUGAAGGAGAAAGCAAGGUCAUUUGAGCAGUACGGCGUCGACCCCGAUAUGGUCGACAGCCUCAAGGCCAAUCUGCAGUACUACCCCGGCAUCGAGAGGCAGCAACGAAAGGCCGAGGUGGGCCACAAACCUCACACAGACCCCACACAGCACACACUUGAUCAGGGGAACGGUGUGGACGGCUGUCGUGCGCUGCAGAUGAUGGAGUUCUCUCGAUCCUUUGAGGAGAUCCUGGAGGAGGGCCGUGCGUCUGUCGAUAACUGCAACGCCAUGAUCAAGGCCGCCGCCAUGAAGGUGGGUGUAUGGGUGUGGGUGUGGCUGUGGCUGGGGUGCCGCGCCUUCACUGCACGUUCGUCGUGUCUUGGUGUGUGCAUGUGUGUGUGUGAGAAGGGUGAUGUUGACAUGUGUCUGUCGAUCCACGACAAGAUGAAGCUGCACGGCUUCGAUCCCAACGCCGACACAUACGUGGGGCUCAUACAGGCAGCCACAGUCAAGAAGAACGCCGCCAUGGCUCGGCUGUUCUACCUCAGGUGGAUCACGCAAUAGACACAGAGAGAGAGAGGCCGGGGCCUCCAUUUGGUGUCUUGCUGUUUGUCUGUUUGCUGCUGUCGUGGGUAUCUUCAGGAUGCGCUCUCAGCUAAUCACGCCGACAGAGAAGGUGUAUGCCGCCCUGAUCAACGCCCACGUGCAGGAGGGGGACCUGACGUGAGACCAAACAAUACGCACGACAACACACACAUGUGCCCGCGGGCAACUGUCUGUCUGUCUGUCUAUGUCUCCAUCCAUCCAUCCAUCCAUCAGUGCUGGGUUCGCGCUGCUGCGUAAGAUGGAGGACGAAGGGCUCAAGCCCAACGUCAUCGUCUACACCACACUCAUCGACGGACUGGUGCGUCACCCAUCCCCCCACCCACCCCACACACGGACGCACUCGCAUGGCUCUUCUAUGUGUGCGUGUGGGUGUGUCAGGUUGACCAGAACAAGAUCGACAAGGCGUGGCGUGUGUUCCACGACAUCCGCACUUGGAAGCUCAUCGACCCCGAUGAGGUCCUCUUCACCGUCAUGAUCAAGGUGGGUGGGGUGAGGGGGUCCGUGGGCUGAUAGGUGACAAACAUACUACAAGACACACCUGUGACGGUGGAGUGAGUAGGCGUGUGCGCGCCGUCGGGAGGCCGAGAAGGCCAUCAACCUGCUCGACGACAUGCGGGCCAUGGGGCAGUACCCCACUGACGUCACGUAUGUGGCUCUGCAGCACACACCAACACACAAAGGGCAGCCUUGGUCCAUGGCAUGGAUGUGUGUGUGGUGCAGGUACACUGAACUGAUCCAUGCGUGUUCUCGCCGCGCAGACUUCUUCCAAAAGGCAUUUGAUUUCUACAACCAGGUACAUCGCCAAUUCAUGGCUGCCAUCCACCCUGACUCUGACCCGCCCCGUUGUGUGUGUGGACCACCGAUUGUCUGUCAGAUGCAAGCCGAGGACAUGCCGGUGGGCGUGCAGGUGUUCGAACACCUCCUCGGCGCAUGUGCCUCAAAGGGCGACGUCAAAAAGGCCAAAGAAGUCGUCAAACAAAUGGUACCCACCCCCACACACACACCUCCUCUCCAUCUGUCUGUCUAUGUGUGUGGGCAUCAGGGGCGCCGUGAGAUCCCGAUGACCCAGUGGAUGUACCACCAGCUGAUCAGCGUGUUCGCCACGGCCAUGCGGCUGCCCAAGGUGUCCGACAACGAGCGCCUCUGCAACCUCCGAUACGCAUGGAGCGUCGUGCAGGACAUGCGCCGCAAGGAGCUGCCCAUCGACACCCACUCGCUCAACGCAGUCAUGCAGGUCUACAUCAACGGCGGGUUUGCACAGUACGCCAUCGACAUGCUGCAGCAGUUCGCACACUUCAAGGUGGGUGGGUGGGCGGUGGGCGGGUCGCACAGAGACCAGAAAAAGGGCAGGCAUUGCAUUGGCUAUGUGUUGUUGGUCGUUCAGUGUGAGCCUGAUGCGACUACGUAUUUUGCGCUGCUGCGCACGCUUGGGAAGGACCUCAAAGACCCCGGGCGGUUCUUCGCUCUCUGGGUGGGUGAGGAGAGAAGGCAUGGCAUGUUCACACCAGUCAGUAAGUCGUGUGUGACAUGCAUGGCGCGUGUGUGUGCGAAUGCAUGGUCAGGACUACAUGCGUGAGAACAGCAAGGUCGUGCCGAAUCAGGCAAUGCUGCACCUGGCGCUCGACACCGCCAUGACCUCUCGGUAAACCACACACACGCACACGCACACUGGCAGACUGGCCCCGAUCGACGACAGACGUCUGUCUUUCCCUUGGUUGUGUGUUUGUUGCCUUCAGGUCGGCCGCCCGCACAGUCAAGGUGCUCCAAGAAAUGUAUCAACUCAAGGUCGGUCGGUCGGUCAGACAGACAGACAGACAGACAGACACCCACACAGCCAUCCAACCAGCCAACCAAGCGACCGACAUACCACUCCUACCUCUGCCUUGCCUCGGCUGUGCAGGUGUACCCGACUGCGCAGCUGACCGACCGCCUGGCCAAGGUAGGCCGCAAGAUCACCGAGAUCCACCGCAUGGUGGCACUCUUCAUCAAACUCCAAAAGGAAGACGUGUGGACCAAACGCAAGAACGAGACUGCCGUCAUGCUCUCAAAGAUCGACGAGCAUGAACUGCGCCUCUUCCAGGUCAAAAGCCCUGCCCCCCAACACACAACACACACAGAUGGAUGGAUGAAUGGAUGGAUGGAUGUGCUAUAGGAAGGUCAGCACUACUCUCAGCUUGGCCCGAAGCUCUCACCCGAGGAUGAGGUGCGGAAGAAGUUCUUCAAGUCUCGCGAGCGGCUGUACGGCAAGAGGAAGUGGCUGCCGCUGGGAGAGUACAUCCAGGCCAAGCAGAAGGGCGGCGAGCAUUACGCCGAGAGGAAAGACAGGCCAAAACCUGUGCUCGUCACGGGAUAGCGUGCAUGCAUGGUGCCGAUCUGACUGGUGGUGGUGUGAAGAUGCGCUGUUUGCAGGUCGGCUCUACACGGCGGUUCAGCCGUUGUGGGGCCCACCCGCAACAGAAGCACUGCACACCACCACCAGCUGGAGAGAAAGUUAGUGAGGAUCUUUCGCUGAUGCAUGUCGGACGCAGUGACUUAUGUGGCUGAGCCACCGUCAGCUCUCAGUUCGUG